ACGUGACGGGGCUGCGCAGGGAGUGAACUCACAAUAACUGACUCCUAGCUGUGAGGAUUUGACACACAGUUGCUAGCUAUUUCGUUAGGUCUUAAUUUGUUGUUUGAAUGCACGGUUUCUUAUAAAUCAAUGCGUUUGAUGUUGAACGAUAAAUUUACCUCGUGCUUCUAAAUGAGCCGUCAUUGUAGGCAGCUGGCUGAACCAAAUGAGCUUGCAUGGUUUCAUAGCUAGAAAGGUCAACAAUGAAAUUGACGAUACAAGCCAUUUUGGGGUGAAUGUCAGACGUCCCUCUAAUGCAGGAGAUGAAGUUCGCCUGAGAGACGAAGCGCACGCUGGAAAGAUCAGAGAAACUAUGAACAGCAGAGUUCGAGGGCAUGGCCACCAGAAAUCAUCAUCCGACACUGUGAGCCGGCUGAGGAUGGAUGGCCCCAAACCAGAGUCUGAGAGGGACUCCGGAUUCUCAGAUGCUAGCUCAGAGCACUGGAGUGCCCACGAGCAGACGGAUGGGGAAGAGACGUCUCGGGGCACGUACAGAGGUGCUCAGGCAUCUCAGCUGGUGAUGGGGGCGCCCUAUUCCGGCAUGUCCCCCAUGAUCUUCAUGAACAAUGUGCUCCUCAAGCAGCAGCCAAAUGAUACCCCUCCGUCGCCAAAGCCCUGGGGUUUCCGGCCUGCCAUUGAGGUGCUUCCGCAGAGUCAGGUGGUCUUCCUCCAGCCCAUGGUGUCUGCCGACCCCUCCUUGCAGAGGAGCGCGCCUGUGAAGCGCCGGCGCUCCAAAAAGUACUUACCCAUUCUCAAGUCCUACCCCAGGAUCGCCCCCCACCCAGGGGACAGUUUGUCAGAGCAAGGCAGCUCCUCUAGCUCCGAGCGGAGCAGUUCGGCCUCCGGCCAGUGGCGGCGCCAUCACGGACAAAAGCAGCAGAGAUGCCCGGCCAGCGUCGUUCUCCUCCCGCCACCCACCAUCCCUGCCUCCCCUAGCCCUUGGGCUCCGUCCCCCAAGCAAUGCCCUCCGCUCCACGACACCGAAGCUGAAGGUGGCAGGGUCCUAGCGGGGCCCCUGAGCGACAGAACCGAGUCCACCCUGUCCGCUUCCCCAACCGACCCGCUGUCCUUGGACGUCGAGGCACAGGCCCUCGACCCCUCUGUGUGGCCAGCGGAGCAGACGGAGGACCCCGCGGGCGAAGACUGCGACAGCAAGCGCAAGCGCUUCUGCAACACCUACAACAUCCUCAGCCAGUCCGGCCUGCUGAACAUCACCCUGCGCAUCAAGGAGCUCAUCCGGCAGAACCGGCACAGCCAGGGCCAGCUGGAGCAGCUGCAGACACAGGCCGGGCUCUUCCUGCAGGCGGUGCAGAGCGGCAGCCCCGAGGUCUGGACCAGGCUGCAGAAGUCCAUGAUGGAGCCGAGGCCUGAGGCCAUGGUGGAGGAGGAGGAGAACUAGUGCGUUCCAGAGAGGCUGCCCUAAACCGGCAGCACGACUGGGGGGUGGACGGUCUGUCCGCCCGAUGGACAAACGGACAGAUAGCGACAGACUAAUAGGACGCAGCUGCUUUCCAACCGAGGUGGGGCUGCCAUCACAGUUCUGGGACUGGUCCAAAGGUCUUGUCCAUUACGUCCAGGAGGGUCAUGCCCAGAGUAUUUGGGGACCUAUGGGAACAUUAAGAAAACAAAGGGAAAUGUGUACGAGGCAUGGAUAUUAUAGCACAGCUUCAGCUCGCAGUUGACUGAAUGGACCCCUGCAGAUGUUUCAUUUUGUUAAUGUUAUUUAAAUUUAAACAAAGGUUGGCUGGAGAAAUUUGGUCAAAAUUGAAAAUAUGUGGAUUUAUUUUUUAUCAUACGUAAGCUUGGUUUGGCAGCACCCACAUUGGAAGAGACUGCAUGCCUUUAUUCUCCUCCUGAAACAUUCUCAAGCUUUGAGAAAAAAUGAUUUGAAGAAAUGGUAUCCAGAAGAUUAAGCAUUCCAAAAGGCAUCUUUUAAGGUGCUCUUAGAUCCCUGCCAUCAUCCUUCAGUUGAUGAUGAUGCAAGUCAGCUUGCCUCCAGCCACAGCUUUUCAGCAGAGACUAGGCAGAAAUAAAUGACAAAAUGGCUCACCCAUGUGAGGUCCAUGCAUGGCAAAGAUCCCAUUGCAUAGAAAUCUUUAACCCCUUAAGUAUCACCUCUUUUCUUAACACAAGCUUGGAAAUGACAUACCCAAAAUGAAAUGGUUACUAUUCUUGAACCCUUUUUGACUACAGGCACAAUCCUGGUUUCUUCUGGAAGGUGACCCUUGAGGGUUUGUUUGCCUAAAGCCAGAAUUACUGAAAAUAUUACUAAAACAAAUUCACGAUGCUCAAACACGGUGGAAGUGGUGGCCUUUUUUGUAUUUGUUGUUUAUACCAUGUGACUACAUGACAUGUACUGGAACGCUGAUCUUGUUCCAGAGAGCCAAUACAAAACAUAGGUCAUUUUUUACAUAUAUGCAACUGUGAAAUAGACAAAAAUGACAAUUAUAAGUAAACAAUGGGCAUUCUAUCAAUGUUUCUCCGAGUGGGCACGUUUUUGGAAUUAUAAACUAUAAUGGAUUUGGUUCGCUGGACCCUUGGGGUGAAAAGAACAAUGACAUUACCCUCAUUUGUGUAGUCUGAGGCAACCCUUGCUUGUUUUUCCACCCCACGUUACAAGAUAAGGAACUGUUGUCGUUAAAGCACAUCGCAUCGUAAAUAGUUUAUACAGAUAGAACCGUGAGUUUUAACUUUCAAUCGGUAUAAGCUGUGGCCAUAUCGAUUGAAAAUUGCACCGUGAAAAAUGGAAUGAAUGCAAAGAAAAUCCAACUUUGGGCCAGUGCGAUUUAAGGGGUUAAGGGGUUACUUUUCAAUUUGGCCUCCUCCAUUGGAUGAUUUUGUGACAGUAUCUCAAAGUGCAUUCACAAAAUUUUUGACCAUAGUUCUCCCAAUUCAUUAACCAGGCAAAUCAGUCAUUUUAUAUAGUGGUUAUUUAAUAAUAAUAAUUGUGGAUUAUUUGUCUUGAUGCUGAUAAUGAACAACAAUUUCCUAUAUGCUGAUGUCAGUUAAGUGGUAAAAGUAUCAAUCCAUAACCCAGACUGUAAGAAGCACAAAGUGUUGUAAGAACCUGAUAAUUGGAGUCCCUUGAAAUAUAAAGAGCAGCAUGGACAAGUAUUGAUCUGCUUAUCAGGGAAAUGUUUUUUCAGCGCUUCCAUCAUGGAUCCCAAAGGACACUGUCAGCAAUAUUGCUCAAAGACCACAGAGCAGCACAAACCAUGAGGAGACAUUUCUCACCAGCACAAUUAAAUGCUCCUCGCCAUUUCUGGUGCCCUCUUGAAAAGUGCCAGAGGCUCCUGUAGUUCUGAUGCCGUGAGGUCAUUCGAGAAGGGCCUGAAGCAUGAUUUCCCCCCAUUUUUAGGACAAUAUAAACAUAUUGCCAUAUCUCUUUUAUUUUUGCUCAACUUUGUGCUGCACUCGGACCAAAGAAUUAGAGCAUUUCAUCCCGUUUUUUCCACAAUUAUUGAGUCCUGCUUCAUUCGGUUACGAUAGCUAAAGAACAGGAGAGAAAGGAAUGAAAAUGGUAAAGUAGCUAUUUCAUUUACACAGUUUUAUUUUGGGGGAGAAUUCUUUGUUUUUCGAACCUGUCCAAAGAACUGAACUUUUUGCCCCCCAGUUAAGCACUAUAAAGUGUCUAAUUAUGAAACCGCCAAUGACAAAAUACAUUUUGUGAAAUUGGAAUUAGUAGUUGUAGACGACCUCAACUCCUGUGUUCAUAUGUUAUGUGUGUGAUUUGUAUUUAUUUUUUAAAUUGCAUAAUUACGUUACAUAAUUAAUUCCUACAUAUACUGUAUUAAUUAUAUAAUAAGGUAUUGCACUCCCAGACAGCUAAAUACUUGGGUACUGCCACUCUAAGAGUGCUGAAUAGAUUUGACUUGGUUAUGUGAUUUUCUUUGGCCAGGUUCAGUUAAACUGCAAUGCUCUUUUCCUUGUAUAAUGAAUUAAUGAAACCGCUUUGUGAGUUGUGUUCAAUACUUUCACAACACCAUCGAUUUGAAGGGGAAUUAAAUUAUUAAAAAUGUGUGGGAGAAAAACGUCAUUUUUGUUUCAGGCCUGUGCACUUUGCAAAUUCAUUAAAAUGUUAUUUUGCCAAA